AUGCUGUUUCUUUGCGAGAAGCUAGCUGGAGCUAGAUGUGGUUUCCAUGGUGACGAAUAUUCUAGCAGGUUCGUUGAUCAAUUUAUUUUGGGGUUGAGAGAUAAGGCAACCCAAAACAAGUUGUUACAAGAGCCACCAAACAUUUUAGAUGAUGCCUUGUUAAUUGCUCGAAGAUUUGAGGCAGCAAAUGCCACAAUGAAAACAUUAGCCAGAGAAGCAACAGAAAAAUUAAGUAGAACAACAAUUGGCUCAGUUAGUUCUUUGAAUGCUGCCAAAACAUGUUAUUCGUGUAAUGGAUUUGGUCAUGUGUCCAGACAGUGCCCUACUAUGAACAACUUCAGGCAAAAUAAUACUGCACGGCGACAAACUAAGUUUUGUUAUUCAUGUCAAAAACCAGGACAUUUGGCAAAAUCCUACCCCUUGGCUAAUCAACAACCAGUUAAUACUAAGCUCCAAGGUUAUGAUAAGAAUUGGCAAAUGGAUAGACACGUGACCAUUUGCUAUCGUUGUGGGAAUAGUGGCCAUAUUGCAAAGUUCUGUAAUGCCAAGUUGGAGGGAGGUCUGGGUUCUAGUAGAGAUGGUGAAAGCCCCAAGAAAAAUGAUUAAAAAAUCAGACUGUCUACCGUUUCUUCAGCGAGUAAGAAGAAAACCCUUAUGGUCGAGACCACUAUUAAUGGGAAAAACAAACUUUGUAUAGUUGACACUGGCGCAUCCAUUUCAUUAGUUAGUAAAACCAGGGGCAACCUCUUAAACUGGAUGAUACCCCAUUAUUUCCAUUCGAUAUUGUUACAGAAGCCGCUAACAAUUCUCCCAUUGGGAUUUUGGGCAAAACCACCUUGAAUGUGCAAUUUGAUGAAAACAACAAGUCAUCUCAUGACUUUUAUGUGGCUAAUGAAAUGGUGUCUGAAAUUAUUCUGGGUUUAGAUUGGUUAGUAACUAACAAAGUAAAUGUCGAUAUGGCUGAAAUUGUUUUGAAAUUCCCAGAUGGUACCACAAAACCCUUGUGUUUAUUUGAUUCAACCAUAGCAGAUCUCCUGGGCGUUGUUCUAGAUGAGGAUUUGGUUGUUCCGGCGAAACAUGAAGUUUUCAAAACUGCCAGGGUCCGAAAUCCCACUUUAAAUGAAAGCAUCUUAGAGCCUAAUAUGAACUUCUCCGGGAAAGGUGUUCUUGUAGCAAGAGUUAUUGUACAGCAAAAGAACAGAGUGUACCCAUCCAGAUUAUUAAUCCAGGGACAUCACCUAUUAAGUUGUACAAGGGCAUGACUGUAGGGGAACUUCAGCAAGUUGAUGAUGAGUUAAGAGACCCGACAUUUAUUAAUUCAAAGUGUGAUACACCAUCUGCUGAGGAUAAGAUCAAAUUUGAGUUAGAGCAUCUGUCGGGUGAGGAGCGAGAGAGAAUGGAAAAUUUGUUGAAUAAACACCAAGAUGUUUUCGCGGAAAAUUCUAGCGAACUUGGCGUAACCACACUAGCAGAGCAUAAGAUUGAGACAGGCGAUGCCGUACCUGUUAAACAGCUGCCUCGAAGACUGCCCAAUUCUCUGAGAACCUUUGUUGAAGACCAAGUAGAAGAAAUGUUGGAAAACAACAUAAUUAAGCCGAGUAAUUCACCAUGGUCAAGUCCUAUAGUCUUAGUUCGAAAGAAAGAUGGGACAUGGCGUUUUUGUAUUGAUUUCAGGAAACUAAAUGAUGUCACAGUGAAAGAUGCUUUCCCACUUCCCCAGGUUGCUUAUUUGAUGGAUAACUUAGCUGGUCAUCAGUAUUUUUCGACACUCGACCUAGCCUCGGGAUAUUGGCAGGUUCCAGUUGACGAAUCUAGUCAGGAGAAAACAGCUUUCGUGAUUCCAGGGGUGGUCACUUUGAAUUCCUGCGUAUGCCCUUUGGCCUAACGAAUGCUGUGCCCACGUUCCAGCGACUUAUGCUUGCUGCGUUGAAUGGUCUUUUGCCACUCAAGUGUCUGGUUUACUUAGAUAAUGUUUUGGUCGUGGGUCGCACGUUUGACCAACAUUUGGAGAAUUUGGACGAUGUCUUGCAGGCUAUGGACAGAGCUGGAUUGAGACUUAAGUUGUCCAAGUGUAGUUUUGCGAAGCCAAGUGUGGAUUUCUUGGGUUGUACCGUUUCUGCUGCUGGUCUGGCCCCAAAUGUGACCAAAGUUGAAGCAAUCCGUGCUUUUCCUAACCCACAGAAUCUCACUGAGUUGCGACGUUUCCUGGGUAUGGCCUCUUACUACAGGCGUUUUAUUUCUGGUUUCAGUGACAUUGCAGGUCACUCUUCAUCGUCUGACGCAAAAAGGUGUCCGCUUUGAUUGGGACAAGAACUGUCAACGAGCAUUCGAACAACUGAAAGAACAACUUAUAUCUGCCCCUGUUUUGGCAUUUAUUUCCUAACUUAAAUGGAGACUAUAUAUUGUAUACGGAUGCGAGUGAUGUGGGCAUAGGCGCAGUGCUGACCCAAACGGAUGAAAAUGAGGAAUUGCAUCUAAGGCAUUUUCGGGUGCUGAAAAGAACUGGACAACAACAGAAAAGGAAGCAUUUGCAGUGGUCUGGGCUUUACAAUACUUUCACCCAUACGUAUAUGGGAGAAAUGUCACCAUAUAUACUGAUCAUAAGGCUUUGAAAUGGCUUCGAGACAUCAAACAUCCAAAUGGUAAAUUAGCUCGUUGGAUCUUAAAAUUGGAAGAAUAUGAUCGUGACUAUACGAUAGAACACCUACCUAACACGAAAAUGCAGCACGCGGAUGCCUUGUCUCGUGCACCUGUGAACACUAUCUUGGUUUCGAUGUCAACCUGGCAAGAGUUUGAAGACAUGCAAACGUUCGACGAGGAUAUUCAGUUGGUAAAAGAAUGGGUGCAAAGUGGUUCUAGACCAGAUAAAAAACCGGUUGAUGUGAGUGUAACUCUAGAUACAUUAUACAAGAAUUUUGAUUCAUUGGUUGUCAAAAAUCAUGUCUUAUGUCGAAAGUGGACUGAUAAGACAGCAAAGGAACGAGAGCAAAUUGUGGUACCUACCUAUCUAACUCCUAAUAUACUGGAAGAAGCCCACUGUCAAGUUGGACAUUUAGGUGUUGCAAAAACGUUUGAGAUGAUUCAACGGAGGUUUUAUUGGCCUGGAUGA